GAUGUUGGGGUGGGCAUUCCAUUCAUAGAAGCAUUCCUUUGGCAUUUCAACAUUAUUUUCAACCAACAAACCAAUUAUAAGUUUUGUUGACUUCCGUUUUAAAUUACUUGCCAGAAAUGAUUGGUUGGCAUUGGCAACCGUUUUAGCCAACGGGAGGCCUAGCUAGCUAGUUACAUCUUGUUGGCUGAAUAAAGAAAGCGAAAGGAAGCCGGAUCUAAAGACAGAUAUCCAACAGAGGAUAAAGGAGGUUCAUAUUCUCUCAACCCCCCCCCCCAACUAUUCAUUACAAAGGAGCAAGGAGCAAGAGACGCACUGCACACAGAAUGAGCUCAUCUGCUCCCAGGAUGGUGAACAGCUACAAGCGGACUUCCAGCCCUCGGUCCCCUACGAACAGUGGGGAGCUCUUCACUCCAGCGCAUGAGGAGAAUGUGCGCUUCAUCCACGACACCUGGCAGUGUGUGCUCAGAGACAUCCGGUCACCACAGAGCAGUGAACGCAAAGACCGUGGACCACAGGAGUAUGUGGAAAAGAACCCCAAUCCCAACUUAAAUUCUUUCACACCAGUUGACCUGAGUGACCUCAAGAAACGCAACACACAGGACUCCAAGAAGUCCUAGUCUUUCUCUUUACCGUCCAACAGCUUUUUUUUCUCCACCCAUUAUCCUUGGGAACUUUCUCCUCCUCCAGUCCUCUGUCAGCCAGCAAGUCAACCUUUUGGCCAGUCCGGCCCACAAUGCCGGUCUACUCUCUGCUCUCCUGGACUAACAACAGCUUGCCCAUUCAACAGCAGUGGGCUGAUGUCCUAACAACCACAACAUUUUUGGAGUUCCUUAUCCACCCCGGUCUCUCUGUCCACCCCUCCCCCCCUCUGUCUCUCUCUCUGUCCCUCUCUCUGUCCAGGCUCAAUAUUUUCUCACCCUACCUCUCAUCUGGUUGACGUGGAAUGCAAGAAAUCUGGGAUUUGAUUUCCAGGGAUUCUCUCUUCCAGUUCUUGGUUUUACAGUCAUGAAUUUUUCUUUUUCACUAUUUUGUUAUGUGAAUGGGACUGAUGCAGAGUUUCAAUGAAAUAUGCUGACAUCCUGAUGCCGAAGUACAUGCUGUGUACAAAUUCUUCACGGGACACUUUAAAGGACUGCAGUCUUAAAUAGAAACUCAGUUUUUCAAUCUACAAAGGAUAAUGCUGAAGGGCUGACAUUCUUUUUUUGGAAGAUAGUUGAAUUGUAGAUGUAUUGGAAUGGAUUCCGAUUGUACGGGCGAGUUUUGGAAGCCAAAAAUGGUUUAGUAUAAAUGCCAACAUUUUAAAUUUAGAUUCAUUCCCCUAAAAUGGACUUCAAGUAGACAUCUCCACAUUGACUUCCCAGCCUUGAAACAAAAUAUUGAAUAAAAUACUUUUACAAUA